AUGCAUGAAUUGGAAGCUAAAGUAGAUGAAGAGCUUGGGUUGUAUUAUAUAGGGCCAAUGGAUGGACACAAUAUUGAAGAUCUCAUAUGUGUUCUUCAAGAAGUAGCUUCCUUGGAUUUGAUGGGUCCUGUCUUGGUUCAUGUUAUAACUGAUGAAAAGCAGGUUGGAGGACACAAUAAGAAAAGUAAUAAUAUAGACAAGCAACAAGAUGAAUAUGUUAGUUAUGAUUUGUUCUACAAUGCUGGUCAGCCUCAAGCAUAUGGUGAUUGCUUUGUGGAUUCUUUGGUUGUAGAAGCUGAAAAAGACAAAGAUAUCGUGGUUGUUCGUGCAGGAAUCACAUCGGAACUUUCACUUGAACUGUUUCGGAAAAUUUUUCUAGAUAGGAUUUUCAAUAUGGGAGUUGCCGAGCAACAUGCAAUCACGUUUGUUUCUGGUUUGUCAUGUGGUAGAUUGAAGCCAUUUUGCAUCAUACAAUCUUCCUUAUUACAGAGAGCCUAUGAUCAGAUUGUUCAUGAUGUUGAUCAACAAAAAAUUCUAGUGCGUUUUGUCAUUACAAGUGCAAGAUUGGUAGGUUCGGAUGGUCCCGUCCAGUGGGGAGCAUUUGAUAUAACAUUCAUGUCGUGCUUACCAAACAUGAUUGUCAUGGCACUGUCUGAUAAAGUUGAACUUGUGAACAUGGUGGCUACUGCUACUCGCAUCAAUGACCGGCCAGUUUGUUUUCAGUAUCCCAGGGGUUCCUUGGUUAAUAAAGGCCACACUAUAGAUGAUGGAAUCCCAAUUGAGAAUUGA